UCAUAGAAUUCAGAUUAGCAUGAAGGUUAUUCCAGUCAAACAUUCCUACAGCCCACCCCCUUUCCUCCCUUAGAAGGGAUUGAAUUUCCUUUUCAUGUAUCCAUCUGGAACAGGCGAGAAAGCGUGUCAGGAAGAGACGGCGCACCUCUUGAGCUGUCUGCUGAGUGCAGAUUUAUAAUCUGAUGGACAGAGAGAGACCCAGCUAACACUCCACUCUUCCCGUUCAACGCCACGGCUCCAGGGCAGACUGAAAGCACUUAGCCUGAGUUUUGUACCUAAAGAAGAAAAGCAGAGUUCUGAGGACCAUUUCCUGCUUGUUGCAGAGUUGGGGAUCUCUCUUGCAACCCUGGAUCAUGGCCUGGCUGCUUCCUAGGGCUUGCUGCCUAAAAGUCUUCUGUCAAUCCUCUAGAGGACCCUUUUCUUCUGGAAUAGCUAGAGCUUGGAGUGGCGGGCCCCUGACUGCAUAUAUGCCAGAAGCUGCAGCGUUCCCUGGAUCAAGGGACCACCCAGGGCUGUACAAGGUGUCAGUGGAGCAGGCAGAUGAAUUCUGGGGAGCUCUAGGGAGAAACCGACUCAUGUGGAUUAAUCCUUUUCACUCUGUACAAGACUGUAAUCUACAGCAGGGCUGGGUGUCCUGGUUCCUGGGAGGACAACUGAAUGUAGCAGUGAAUUGUCUGGAUCGACAUGUCCAUAUAGCCCCAAACAAAGUGGCCCUGAUCUGGGAGAAAGAUGAGCCUGGGAAAGAAGUUCGGGUUACAUACAGAGAACUGCUUGAGUUGACCUGCCGUCUGGGAAACACCUUGAAACGACAGGGAGUAAAAAAAGGUGACCGAGUCACCAUCUACAUGCCCCCAUGCCCUCUGGCUGUGGCAAGCAUGCUAGCCUGUGCCCGGAUAGGAGCCGUACACACUGUGGUAUUUGCCGGAUUCAGCUCCGAGGCUCUAGCUGACAGGAUCCGGGAUGCGCAGUCAGAGACAGUGAUCACUGUGAAUCAGGGGCUGAGGGGGGGCAAGGUUAUUGAGCUGAAGCAGACAGUGGACCAGGCCGUGCAGACGUGCCCACUGGUGAAGCGAGUUCUGGUUUCCAUGAGGACUGAGCAAAAGGUUCCCAUGUCAAAACUGGAUGUGCCUCUGGAGGAGGAAAUGAUGAAAGAGGAUGUAUGCUGUGAGCCUGCUGCCAUGGAGAGUGAAGACUUGCUGUUCCUUCUCUACACAUCAGGCAGUACUGGCAAACCCAAGGGGCUGGUCCACUCCCAGGCAGGAUACUUGCUCUAUGCUGCCAUCACGCACAAGUAUGUGUUUGAUUACCACGAUGGGGAUGUCUUUGGCUGCGUAGCCGACAUCGGCUGGAUCACAGGGCACAGUUACGUGGUGUACGGCCCUCUGUGCAACGGAGGUACCACAGUCCUUUUUGAGAGCACUCCAGUGUACCCCAAUCCUGGGCGUUACUGGGAAACAGUGGAGAGGUUACGAAUUAAUCAGUUCUAUGGAGCACCCACAGCAAUUCGCUUGCUGCUGAGAUAUGGGGACGAGUGGGUAAAGAGAUAUGACAGAUCUUCCCUCAAGACCCUUGGAUCAGUGGGAGAACCCAUCAACACAGAAGCGUGGGAGUGGUACUUCAACGUGGUUGGGGAUGCACGGUGCCCAGUAGUUGACACAUGGUGGCAAACUGAAACAGGAGGCAUCUGUAUCUCUCCCCGUCCAUCCAGCCCUGGAGAUGAGAUUCUCCCAGGCAUGGCCAUGAGACCACUCUUUGGGAUCAGCCCUGCCCUCCUGGAUGACAAGGGAAACGUCCUAACACAGAACAGCGUCUCUGGAGCCCUCUGCAUCUCUCAGGCCUGGCCAGGAAUGGCACGGACAAUUUACAAUGACCACAAGAGAUUUCUGGAAACCUACUUGAUGCCUUACCCAGGAUUUUUCUUCACGGGAGAUGGAGCCUAUCGUACUAGCCAAGGAUAUUACCAGCUGACAGGACGUCUGGACGAUGUCAUCAGUGUCAGCGGGCACAGGCUAGGCACCGCAGAGCUGGAAGAUAUUGUGAAUCAGCACAGAGCAGUGGCAGAGUCAGCCGUGAUCGCCUUCCCUCAUGAGAUCAAAGGAGAAGGAGCAUAUGUGUUCAUUGUGCUGAAGAAGGGGACUGAUGUCUCUCAGGAGAGGCUGAGCAAUGAACUCAAGGAGCUGGUCUCAAAGAAGAUUGCAAAAUACGCAAGCCCUGAAUAUGUUCAGGUCACAAAGCGGCUCCCCAAGACCCGUUCAGGUAAGAUUAUGCGCCGUGUCCUGAAGAAGAUUGUAGAGGACAAGGCAGAUGAGCUUGGGGACCUGACCACCUUAGAUGACCACGAGGCUGUGGAGGAGAUCAUCAAGGGACACAAGCGCCUCCUGCAGGAGGAGCAGGGCCAGUAACAUGAGUGCUCUCUGCUCCCCUUUUCUUCACGCUUCCCACCCCCAUCAAAUUUGGGACCUAGUCUAGAAAAAGCCAAUCAGUAGGCACCAGUAAUUCAGCUGAGAUCAGACUUUUAUUUUUUACACCAGCACUGAAGACCUUGGACUAAACCUCCAAAGCAGACCGCUCCUCUGAGAAGUGACCAUGUCUGGGGGCAGUAGGAGUGAGGGUGAGGCAGGCAGAGGGGCUGAGGAAGGGGGUCCUGCUUCCUUCCUGAGAAGCAGAAGGCCCUAGUGAGAAGCCACAAUACCUCUCCCAGCAUCUGGAUAACGAGAAAGGAGGCAGAGGGGGGAGGUUGGUUAACCCCAGAUUGGAGGCCUCUCUUCAGGAUGUCUCCCAGCUCCAGCAUGUCCAUGUAGAACACUAAUCGCUGACACUUUUCCGGCAGCUGCUCCAAACCCACUGCCACAGCACUGUGUCUGUGUGGGGGAGGGGUGUCGGUGCAGACAGAGUCGGCCUUUCUUUGGAGUUUGAGAACUGCAGCAUGGGGUGCAGGGAUCAGGUGCCUGCCAGGCUGCACAGGGAGAAGUUUGACCCCAGGGUCUCCCCUGGCCAUACACCCCUGCACACCUAGCAGGAGGAGAGUGGGUGCACAGGAAGGGAGGACCCAGGGGCUGGCCCCCUGGCUCUGCAGGCAUGAGCCCAGCUGACCUGCACCUUCCAGAAAGGCUGGCAGCUCAGGGCAGCACUGCUCACCCCCCGCCCAGCGCCACCAGCUUGUGGCACUCGGACGCUGCAUCCUCCCCCACCCCGAUGCCCUAGGCAGUCGCCCACAUAGCCCACCUGUAAGGCCAGCCCUAGUGCAGGAUGACAGGAGGCGGUGGCGGCUGCUGUCUGGCACCAGCUCAGGCUGCUUGAUGAAUGCUGACACACAUACCCCAUGCGAACAGGCCCAGGAUUUUCAUGCAAAAUGCUUCUAGUGAGGUUCAUCCUGGGGUGAGAUGACACAAACUCCAUGGACUAAUCCACCAUGUGCUGAGCACGGCCCUGAACAGAAUGAGGAGACAUGGGCCCUGUCCAUCCAAACAGAUUCCAGCCUCAGGCCCAGAUGAUAAUGGUCCCUGUGGAGACCAUGGUCCUUUCUGAGCCAGCAUCACACUGCAGUCAAAUGCAGGCAGCACUGGCCCUGCUUUUGCAUAGCACCAAAUGAUGCCUUCUCCUGGCACCCAGAAGUUCUCCCACUCCAUCCAAAGUUAUCCCCUCUCAAAAGCAGCAAGAAGUGGGGCUCCUUCUGCUCCCCCCUACCACGAUAGGCAGGAAGAGGGGAUCAGAUGCCAGGGGAAUGGUUUGGGGAGAAGCCCACUCUCUGGGAGGGACAGAAGCCUCCACUCUCAGCAGCACCCAACAAGCAGCAGUUUGGACAACAGGCAGAAAGAAAAGACUCAGCCCUGGUUCCUUCAGUCAAAUCCAGAAACCAUCACCUUCCUCCCUGAAUACUUAUUGGCUCCUGGUGGCUCUGCAGUUCCUACAGUUCUACUAAUCAGGUAUCUCCUGUGGCGCAGGUAGUUUCUGCAGCUCCUGGGUAAUUAACCAGUCGCAAGCCUCAGUACUUUUUUCAGCAUCCCUCACUGGCUGGGAGCCGCCUCACUCUCUCGGUUCUUGUUAGUUCCCAUCUUCCUCUUCCGGAGAGUUUCAAAAUCCAACUGUGAAACUGCAAUUCAGCAACACACAACUGAGUGCCUUGGCUUCAAAGUGGGGGGGGGGGGAUCCACUUCCUCCCCAGGAGCUGACCCAUAUACACCCCACCAUCUCUCUCCCUCCCUGCCCAACUCCAUGCCAUCCACCCACUGACAACAUAUGCCUCGCCCAUUCAUCCACCUGCCCUUCCCUGCCCUGUUCAGUCCCACAUGCAGUCCAGGAGCUAACAGGCCCCACACUGCUGAUGGAAAUAGGUCUGCCACUCUCUGUCUCACCUUUUCCAGGCUGGUGCGAUGUCCCACACUGACUAGUGUCAUCCCCAGCUGAGCGCAGGUGCAGUAUAGCUCAUUCUCCACCUCCUCUGUCAGAGCACUGGUGGCUUCAUCCAACACUGAGAGCAAAGCAGAAAGCCCCAUCAACAUGGCAUCAUCCAAGGACUACAACCACUCAGGCUAGCUAGCCAGCCCAACCAAUCCCUGCCCUCCAGCCUGCUCUUCCCUAUAGGUGUGAAUUCUGGACUGAGCAGCUGUUGAGAACAUUGCUCACAUGCUGCAUGGAGCUGUCAAGGCUGAAACCUCCAUGGAGGGACUCUUAGGCAAACUACAAAAGGUACCAGAGAAGCAGAGCAGGGACCUUUGUUCACCACUGGUCCCAGCUCCCAAAGCUACUAUCUGCUGAAGGGGAAACCUGGUCUUCCCAAAAGGACUCCUACUCCAGCCAAAAGAAUGCAGCUUGCGUCAUGUACCCCCUCCAUCACAGCCAGAUGCCAGUGAGUAUCACCGGGGUUUUUCUUUCCCUAAGAACCUUCAAAUACCUUAUAAUCUGGGGAAGUCUCCCCUAUGAGAAACUCUCCAGGGCUGGCGACACUGGGGAAGCUAGAACCCCAGGGCCAUUCACUCCACAAACUGGACCUCAAUUCUGUGGCAAUGUUUCUGAAUUCAGCUACAAGCUGGUGGGGCAGACUGGAAAUUCUGCAGCCAUUUCACUUAAAUUAAAAAUGAAGAGGUUUAUGAAUACUACAGUCCUGGAGUCCUUGGGGUAUUGGUUAGAGAUUAAACUGAAUUUAUUUUACAGAC